GCAAUUAAAGUAACAGAAACUUGACCAUUUGGUGAUAGUUGAGUGCGGCGGAACGUUAGUACCGGGACCAAAUGAGGUGUUAAGUGUCGCGAGUUGGUGUGUGUCCACUUUGAAUUUACCCAUCAUUAUGAUAAGGAUUACAUUAUAAAACUGAGGAACAUUGAUGCGUCGCCACCAUGGUUAUAGUGACACGGGGUGAUUACAUCUGGAUCGAGCCCAUUUCUGGAAAUGAAUUCGAUGUGGCCAUCGGUGCUAAGGUGGUUUCCGCCGAGGGGCGAAGAAUUGCAGUCCGAGAUGACGACGGCGAGGAGCACUGGCUGUCUCCAGAUCGCCGAAUUAAGGCAAUGCACGCAACGUCCAUCCAUGGAGUCGAAGACAUGAUCGGUUUGGGGGACCUCCACGAGGCAGGAAUUCUCAGGAACUUACACAUCAGAUACAACGAAAAUCUCAUUUAUACUUACACAGGCUCGAUUCUGGUCGCAGUCAACCCGUACCAAGUCCUCCCCAUCUACACCGCCGAGCAGAUAAAACUGUACAAGGAACGCAAAAUCGGGGAAUUACCCCCUCAUAUUUUCGCCAUCGGCGACAACUGCUACGGAAAUAUGAGGCGCUACGGCCAGGACCAGUGUGUGGUCAUCUCGGGGGAGUCAGGGGCCGGUAAAACAGAGAGCACGAAGUUGAUUCUCCAGUACUUGGCGGCCAUCAGCGGCAAACAUUCGUGGAUUGAGCAACAAAUCCUGGAAGCUAAUCCUAUUUUGGAAGCUUUCGGUAAUGCGAAGACAGUCCGGAAUGAUAACAGUUCAAGAUUUGGGAAAUACAUUGAUAUCCAUUUUAACAGUAGCGGAGUCAUUGAAGGUGCCAAAAUCGAGCAGUAUUUACUCGAAAAAAGCCGGAUUGUGUCCCAGAAUCCAGACGAGAGGAAUUAUCAUGUUUUUUAUUGUCUGCUGGCCGGGUUGGGCAAGGAGGAGAAGAAGAAACUCGAGUUGGGCGAUGCUAGUCAAUUUAGAUAUCUCACGGGGGGAGGUUGUAUCACGUGCGAGGGCCGAGACGACGCUGCCGAAUUCGCUGAUAUUCGCAGCGCCAUGAAAGUUCUUCUCUUUUCCGACCCGGAGAUUUGGGAGAUAAUGAAACUGUUGGCUGCACUUCUCCACAUUGGAAACAUUAAAUACAAAGCUACAGUCGUCGACAACUUGGACGCGACCGAAAUCCCGGACCCAACCAACGUCCAUCGCGUUGCCAAUCUCCUGGGAGUGCCCCCUCAACCACUCAUCGACGCUCUCACCAGGAAAACACUCUUUGCUCACGGGGAAACCGUAGUCUCUACCUUAUCCCGCGAGCAAAGCGUUGACGUUCGAGACGCCUUCGUUAAAGGCAUUUACGGCCGACUUUUCGUCCACAUAGUCAAAAAAAUCAACAGUGCAAUAUACAGACCGAAGGAGCGACAGAGGAGUUCAAUCGGUGUUUUAGACAUUUUCGGGUUUGAGAAUUUUAAUCAUAAUAGUUUUGAACAGUUUUGUAUUAAUUUCGCGAAUGAGAAUCUCCAGCAGUUUUUUGUGAGGCAUAUCUUCAAGUUAGAGCAAGAGGAGUAUAAUAAUGAGGGGAUCAACUGGCAACAUAUCGAAUUUGUGGAUAAUCAAGACUCGCUUGACUUGAUUGCGGUGAAACAACUCAAUAUCAUGGCUUUGAUCGACGAAGAAAGCAAGUUUCCUAAAGGCACUGACCAGACCAUGUUGGCCAAGUUGCACAAGACACACGGGAGUCAUCGAAACUACCUCAAACCGAAAUCGGACAUCAACACAAGUUUUGGUUUGAACCACUUUGCCGGGAUUGUCUUUUACGACACUCGGAGUUUCUUGGAGAAAAACCGGGACACCUUCAGUGGCGACCUCCUCCAACUCGUGGCAAUCUCAAAAAACAAGUUUUUGCAGCAGAUUUUUGCCGAUGAUAUUGGGAUGGGGUCAGAGACCCGGAAAAGAACCCCAACACUCUCAACUCAAUUCAAGAAAAGUCUCGACUCCCUCAUGAGAACAUUAUCAAACUGCCAACCAUUUUUCAUAAGGUGUAUCAAACCGAACGAAUUCAAAAAACCCAUGAUGUUUGACCGGAAUUUGUGCUGCCGCCAGUUGAGAUACUCCGGGAUGAUGGAAACAAUCCGGAUACGAAGAGCCGGUUAUCCAAUUAGACACAGCUUCAGUGAGUUUGUCGAAAGAUACAGGUUUCUCAUCUCGGGGAUUCCCCCGGCUCAUCGAACCGACUGCAGGGCGGCAACUGCGAAAAUUUGUGCCUCUGUUUUGGGUCGUUCGGACUACCAACUUGGGCACACGAAAGUGUUUCUCAAAGACGCUCAUGAUCUGUUUUUGGAGCAGGAACGAGACAGAGUUCUUACGAAGAAAAUCCUGAUUUUGCAACGCUCAAUCCGAGGGUGGGUCUACAGGAGACGCUUCCUGCGACUCAGGGCUGCCACUAUGAUUAUACAAAAGUACUGGAAGGGCUAUAUUCAGCGACAGAGGUACAAAAGGAUGCGCGUGGGUUACAUGAGACUGCAAGCCCUGAUCAGGGCUCGGGUCCUCUCACACCGUUUCAGGCAUUUAAGAGGUCAUAUUGUGGGGCUCCAAGCCCACGCUCGGGGGUAUCUCGUCCGACGGGAGUACGGCCACAAAAUGUGGGCCAUCAUCAAGAUCCAAUCACAUGUCCGUCGCAUGAUAGCCCAACGCAAAUUCAAGAAAAUCAAAUUCGAAAGACGAAGCCAUGUCGAGGCUUUGCGACUCAAGAAAAAGGAAGAACGCGAGUUGAAAGACGCCGGUAAUAAAAGAGCGAAAGAGAUAGCCGAACAGAACUACCGCGAGCGCAUGUACGAAUUAGAGCGAAAAGAAAUGGAAUUGGAGAUGGAGGAGCGAAGACGAGUCGAAGUUAAGAAAAACCUAAUCAAUGAUGCGGCCCGAAAGGCCGAUGAGCCGGUCGACGACUCGAAACUAGUCGAAGCCAUGUUUGAUUUCCUCCCUGAUAGUUCAAGCGAGGCCCCAACUCCGGGCCGAGAAACCUCCGUUUUCAAUGACUUGCCUUCGCAACCCAACGAGUCCGAAAUCAUAAGCCCCAUGCAGACCCAAUCCGAAGACGAGGAAGACUUGUCCGAAUUCAAGUUCCAGAAAUUCGCAGCGACGUAUUUCCAAGGGAAUGUGGGCCACCAGUAUUCACGCAAACCCUUGAAACACCCACUUUUGCCCUUGCACACGCAGGGGGACCAACUCGCCGCGCAGGCUCUAUGGGUUACAAUUCUCCGCUUCACAGGGGAUUUACCCGAACCAAGGUACCACACCAUGGACCGCGAUAACACCUCUGUGAUGUCUAAAGUGACGGCCACUUUGGGCCGAAAUUUUAUCCGAAGUAAGGAGUUUCAAGAAGCACAGAUGAUGGGUCUAGACCCGGAUUCUUUCAUGAAGCAGAAACCACGCUCUAUUCGAAAUAAACUAGUCUCAUUGACUUUGAAACGAAAGAAUAAACUCGGAGAAGAUGUGAGAAGGAAGCUCCAAGACGAAGAAUAUACAGCUGACAGCUACCAGUCGUGGCUAGAGUCACGCCCGACCUCAAAUCUGGAAAAACUCCACUUUAUAAUAGGCCAUGGAAUCCUCCGAGCCGAACUCCGAGACGAAAUCUACUGUCAAAUCUGCAAACAAUUGACUAACAAUCCCUCUAAAUCAUCUCACGCUAGAGGAUGGAUUCUCCUUUCCCUCUGUGUGGGCUGUUUUGCUCCAUCAGAGAAAUUUGUCAAUUAUUUGAGGGCUUUUAUACGGGAAGGUCCUCCAGGGUAUGCCCCGUAUUGCGAGGACCGACUUAAACGAACCUUUAAUAACGGUACUCGAAACCAACCCCCGAGUUGGCUGGAAUUACAAGCGACCAAAUCUAAGAAACCAAUCAUGUUGCCUAUAACCUUCAUGGAUGGCAAUACUAAGACUCUUUUGGCCGAUUCUGCGACCACAGCUCGCGAAUUAUGUAAUCAAUUGUCUGACAAAAUCGGUCUGAAGGACCAAUUUGGGUUCUCUCUUUACAUCGCAUUGUUUGAUAAAGUGUCAUCAUUGGGUAGUGGUGGCGAUCACGUGAUGGAUGCCAUCUCCCAAUGCGAACAAUACGCCAAGGAGCAGGGGGCACAAGAGAGAAACGCCCCUUGGAGGUUGUUCUUCCGGAAGGAGAUUUUUGCGCCGUGGCAUGAACCAACCGAAGAUCAAGUUGCGACCAAUUUGAUUUAUCAGCAAGUGGUGCGCGGGGUAAAGUUUGGGGAGUAUCGGUGUGAUAAGGAGGAGGAUUUGGCGAUGAUAGCGGCCCAGCAGUAUUAUAUUGAAUUUAACACGGAUUUGAACGUUGACAGGUUGUUGACUUUGUUGCCCAAUUAUAUCCCGGAUUAUUGUUUGACGGGGGUGGAGAAAGCUGUUGAUCGGUGGGCGGCGCUUGUCGUGCAAGCCUACAAAAAGAGUUACUACGUUAAGGAGAAAGCGGCAAUUUUAAGAGUCAAAGAGGACGUGGUUAGUUAUGCCAAGUUCAAGUGGCCUUUGCUCUUCUCGAGGUUCUACGAGGCGUACCGCAACUCCGGACCUAACUUACCCAAGAAUGAUGUCAUAAUUGCGGUUAAUUGGACCGGAGUUUACGUUGUGGAUGACCAGGAGCAGGUUCUUCUGGAGUUAUCCUUCCCGGAAAUCACGACAGUCGCCAGUCAAAAAACCAACAAAGUUUUCACGCAAACGUUCAGUUUGAGUACAGUCCGGGGCGAAGAAUUCACGUUCCAGAGCCCCAACGCUGAAGACAUCCGUGAUCUAGUAGUCUACUUCCUUGAAGGUUUGAAAAAACGCUCGAAAUUUGUGAUUGCGYUCCAGGACUAUAAAUCCCCGGGCGAAGGAUCAAGUUUCCUAACAUUCCAAAAAGGGGAUUUAAUCGUCCUUGAGGAAGACAGUACUGGAGAAACCGUCCUGAAUUCGGGGUGGUGCGUGGGCCGCUGCGAACGCACAAUGGAAAAAGGGGACUUCCCCGCGGAGACAGUUUACGUUCUCCCUUGUAUGUCCAAACCCCCAUCUGAUAUUCUCCAAUUGUUUUCGAUCGAGGGGGCGGAGCAUGGGCGGAGACUCAGCCAGCAGUACUCAGUGAACGGGACGGAAUCGCGCGAUCGGCCACACACACUUGUCGAAUACGCCAUUGAUCAUUUCCGGCCACCAAUCAAACGCACCAUGUCCAAGGCUUUAACUUUGACGUCUGCACGACGGGGCGUGGACGAUCUAUGGCGUCACUCCCGCGAGCCAAUCAAACAACCGCUUCUUAAGAAAUUAUUGAUGAAGGAGGAGCUUGCUGAAGAGGCGUGUUUUGCCUUCAGCGCAAUAUUGAAAUACAUGGGGGAUUUACCCUCGAAACGGCCGAGGCUCGGAAAUGAGUACACUGAUCAUAUUUUUGACGGGCCCCUCAAACAUGAGAUUUUGAGGGAUGAGAUUUAUUGCCAGAUUAUGAAACAAUUGACGGAUAAUAGGAAUAGACUGUCAGAGGAGAGGGGUUGGGAAUUGAUGUGGUUGGCCACCGGUUUGUUCACAUGUUCGCAAAGUCUGCAGAAGGAAUUGACUAUGUUUUUGAGGAGUCGCAGACAUCCCAUCUCGCAGGACUCCCUCCAAAGGCUCCAAAAAACCUUGAGGAAUGGUCAGAGAAAAUAUCCUCCACACCAGGUGGAAGUUGAGGCUAUUCAACACAAAACAACGCAAAUUUUUCACAAGGUGUACUUCCCCGAUGACACAGAUGAAGCUUUUGAGGUCGAUUCAAGCACCCGAGCGAAGGAUUUCUGCCAGAACAUCAGCCAAAGACUCAAUUUGAGGUCAAGUGAAGGCUUUAGUCUCUUCGUCAAGAUCGCUGAUAAGGUGAUAAGCGUCCCCGAGGGUGACUUUUUCUUCGAUUUCGUUCGCCAUUUGACCGACUGGAUCCGCAAAGCUCGACCAACCCGAGAUGGAAUCACCCCUCAAUUCUCUUAUCAAGUCUUCUUCAUGAAAAAAUUAUGGACAAAUACAGUACCCGGAAAAGACAAAAACGCUGAUCUUAUUUUCCACUUCCAUCAGGAGCUCCCGAAAUUGAUCAGAGGUUACCACAAGUGUACAAAAGAGGAAGCUGCGAAGCUUGCAGCACUGGUGUAUAGGGUCCGGUUCGGCGAAAGCAAACAGGAGUUGCAAGCGAUACCACAAAUGUUGCGCGAGUUGAUUCCUGCCGAUUUAGUCAAAGUUCAGAGCGCAAACGACUGGAAGAGGGCAAUCGUAGCCGCCUAUAACCAAGACGCCGGAAUGAGUCCUGAAGAUGCGAAAAUCACCUUUUUGAAGAUUGUGUACAGGUGGCCGACUUUCGGCUCGGCAUUUUUCGAAGUCAAACAAACCACUGAUCCGAAUUAUCCCGAAAUGUUGCUAAUUGCGAUAAAUAAACACGGAGUUAGCUUAAUUCAUCCCAAUACGAAGGAAAUCCUCGUCACUCACCCCUUUACGCGGAUAUCCAACUGGUCGUCGGGCAACACUUACUUCCACAUGACCAUCGGCAACCUUGUCAGGGGUUCGAAACUUUUGUGUGAAACCUCCCUCGGCUACAAGAUGGACGACCUUCUGACCUCCUAUAUCUCCCUCAUGUUGACGAAUAUGAGUAAACAGAGAAGUUUAAGAAUCAAAUGAGAUGAGAAUUCCCACCUCAAUUGUGGGAAUGGGACCGACUAAUUAAUAUACAGUAGGAAAAGUAAUUAUUAAAAAUAAUACCAUUGUUAAGACCCGAAUUCCCACAUGUAUGAAUAAUCAUUUUUAAGAAAAUGAGAUUUUGUCGUGAGAACUGACUUGAAUGGAUGUGAAAAUGCGUAAGGCCUUCCUGAAUCUCGCUGUGUAUAUAGUUUCUAUUUAUUUUAUCAUCGGUUUUUUAUUUUGUUGUUAGGGGUUUGAAGAAUAUGAGAUAUUAUUUAAAUAAUUUUUAUUUCUACAAAAUAUGCAGCAUGUACAGAUUGUUUAUGUAUUAUUUUUACGUAGAAUAAAAUUUAAUACUAAUAAAAAUAUUUACACUCA